GUGAUGUUACUGGAAGAAAAUAAAAAUGCUGGCGAGAAGUCAGCACUGGAUGUUCUUAGAAGAGCAACAAUCAAAAAAGGGCGAAUGGAAAUGAUUCACACCGAGUCAAGUGAUGACCACUACACUGAAAUAUCGUCUGUGGGGUCCCCGCUGGCAAGGGCGAGCAUCAAGAGCACCAAGUUGCUGGAGGGUUCAUCUUACUUCCGCCGUAAGGAGCGCAUGCUGCGCAUCUCCAUCCGCCACAUGGUCAAGUCCCACGCCUUCUAG